AUGGUUGUGACAGAAGAAUGUAAUCCAGUUGAAAAAAGGCUUGAAAAGUUGGAUAGAAGUCGAGAGGAGACGGUAUGCAACAGUCAAUUCCCAAUUCAUCGUGAGCCAGAUCAUGAGAAGGAAGAAGAGAGCAGAAAGCAAAGAGGGAAAGGAAAUAUAGAGAAGUGGCUUCAGUUGCUGAUGGAGAAUACGCAAGAAGACAAUGACUUCAAUCCUAAAAAUUCCAAUGAGAAUGAAACUGAGGAAUUAAUUCGGAAGCCAGAUCUUACAUCUCCAGAGAUGGAGAUCCUAGUUGCAAGAGCCGAGGAAUCAGAAACUAUGGAACAGUUGGCGGAUGCGGAAGAAAAUGAUGUCUUAAAUCCUAAAAUUGCCAAUGAGAAUGAAACUGAAGAAUUAAUCAGAAAGCUGGAUCUCGUUUCUUCAGAGAGGGAGAUCAUAGAUUCAAGAGCCGAGGAAUCACAAACUAGAGAGAAUAUGGAACAGUUGUACAAGAUAACCAAUCAGCAGUUGGUCAUGGAGAAAAAUAACAAAAAUACCAAAAUGACCGUUGAAAUGGAAGUUAAGAAGUUGCUCUCAAACAACGAAAUAGAGGAUGGGAAAACGAAUUCAAUUGCUAAUGUAACCAUUAAAGCCCCUCCAUUAAAGAACCCUCCUUACAAACUCGAACCACAGAGAAGAAGCUACACAAAUGACUUGGGUUCAACUGGCACAAGAGUUGGACAAUUCGAUAGUUGUGAAGAGAAUACGAGAAUGGGAAAAAGCCAAAAGGGAAGGGAACUUUCAAGAAAGUAG